UCAGAUUAGGACGGAAGUAGGUACGUGGCUGCUUCAGCUGACAUCCUGCACGAUGGCGACAGAGGUUCAGAGCGGCGACCUCAACAGUGCAAAUUCAAGCCGGCUCGAAGUGUCUAUCGACGGGUUGACUUUGAGCCCGGAUUCCGAGGGCGAACAGGAACAGGCCGAGACGCCUGCGGGGCAGAGCCCCGAGCUGAGCGGAGAUGGGGAGGAGGGCGAACCUGCCAGCAGCGCUAACAUCGAGAGGAAAUGGGGCUUUUCUUUAGUCGAGCUCUACGGGCUGGCGCUCAGAUUUUUUAAAGAGAAAGAUGGGAAAGCCUUCCACCCGACCUAUGAGGAUAAACUGCGUCUGGUCGCCCUUCACAAGCAAGUGUUGCUGGGCCCUUACAACCCAGAUGCUUCCCCUGAGGUGGGCUUCUUCGAUGUGCUGGGAAAUGACCGCAGGAAAGAAUGGGCAUCUUUGGGCAACAUGGAGAAGGAAGAGGCCAUGCUGGAGUUUGUAAAUCUGUUAAAUAAGUGUUGCAGUUUAUUUGCACCUUUCGUCACAUCACACAAGAUUGAAAAGGAGGAGCAAGAGAGAAAGAGGAGGGAGGAAGAGGAGCAGCGGCGUAGAGAGGAAGAGGAGCGUGAGCGGCUGCGGCAGGAGGAGGAGCGACGCAGGCAUGAGGAAGAGGAGAGGCUGAGGCGAGAAGAGGAAGAGAGAAGACAAGUUGAGGAGGAACGAUACCGUAUAGAGCAGCAGAAGCAGCAGAUCAUGGCUGCACUGAAUGCGCAGACAGCAGUGCAGUUCCAGCAGUAUGCAGCGCAGCAGUACCCCGACAGUCCCGAGCAGCAGCUCAUCCUCAUUCGCCAGCUGCAGGAGCAGCACUAUCAGCAGUACAUGCAGCAGCUGUAUCAGGUGCAGCUCGCUCAGCAGCAGGCUGCUCUGCAGAAACAGCAGGAGGAUGCUAUAGUGCUGUCUACUUUAGAGGCCAGUGAGGUGUCAGCGGCUUCUGCUGGAGAGGAGGCUCCCACACUGAACGGCCAAACAGAGUCCACUUCUGACAGCUUAGAACGAGAGCCGGACCUGGAGACCGCAGACCAGGUCACUGAGAAUGGACCCACUGACUCUCCACCUGUAAUAGCAGCCCCCUCCAUGUGGACCCGGCCGCAGAUAAAAGACUUUAAAGAGAAGAUCCGUCAGGAUGUGGACUCUGUGAUCACGGUGGGUCGGGGGGAAGUGGUGACCGUCCGGGUUCCUACCCAUGAGGAGGGCUCCUAUCUCUUCUGGGAGUUUGCAACUGACUAUUUUGACGUUGGCUUCGGAGUCUUCUUUGAAUGGACUGACACUACUAACGCAUCAGUCAGCGUGCACGUCAGCGAGUCUAGUGACGAAGACGAGGAUGAAGAAGGUGAGGGUCAGUCUGAGGAAGAGAAAGCCAAGAAAGAGGUUGGGAAACCGCAGGUGGAUGAGGUGGUGCCGGUGUACCGGCGGGACUGUCAUGAGGAGGUGUACGCUGGGAGUCACCAGUAUCCCGGCCGUGGUAUAUACUUGCUCAAGUUCGACAACUCCUACUCGCUCUGGAGGUCUAAAACCGUCUACUACAGAGUAUAUUACACCAGAUAAGCCUGGAGUCAAGACUGUGGGACAGGAACAUGUGCGUAUAUGUUAAGAGAUAGAUGGAAUAAAAAGAAUGAUCAAACAUAAGGAAAUGUAUGGUAUGUCCACUACUGGGGGAGGGACAAAGAGAUUUAACAUAAGUGUGUGUGUGUGCUUGCGUGUUUCGAGGUGUAUGCAGACUUCAUGAGUGUGUCUGUCAUGCUGUUUGAGUCCAGUAGAAAUGGGCCAUUUACUUGGCCCCUCUUUUUUGCACUCUAAAAGAUGUACUCUGAUUUGAUGCUUGAUAUUCUAAUUUCAUCCUCCAUCUUCUUAUUCCAUCCAAAGAGGUACAGGAUAAAUUAGUGUAUCCUAAUUAAAACAGCCUAGAAAUUUGUCAUGUAAAGAUAAUUAACAACAGAGCAAACACUAACAUGCCUUACUCAUGGUCAUGGAAUACUUCCUUAUUUAGGUCAACACUGAGUAAAUAAGCCAAUGGCGUGCAUCUGUACUCAUGUUUUCCUCCUAUCAGCACCAUUGAGUGUGAGAUAAAACAAAUGGAAAGGACUUUUCUAACAACGCAAAGGUGGAUCUGGACGCUUGUAUGAGAAGAGAUUUUGCUGCAUUUUCUAAACCAGAUGAAUUGUCUGAAAUGUUUAAUAUUUAUUAAUCUCUGUGUUAGAGUAGGGUCAUGCUUGUGUCUGCAAGUCCUAUAACAUUUAAACUCAUCUCUCCAACAUUCGCUUUUCUGCUUCCACAGAGGCCCAGAUUUAUUGUUUGUUCGUUUUUUGUUUUUAUGCAUAUGUCGUCAAUGCGAGAUUAAGCAGUAUUGACUUUUAACAGUAGUUUGAAAUUCUUGCCUUUCGGUUUGGUCAUUUCUUUGUUGCUUAAUGCGUGUAAUUACAAACAGCCAUGUAAGAACUUAAAACUUAAUGUAUAUUGAUUUAAAUUUUGACUGGUCACACUUAUACUCUGUUCUCUGGGACAGAAAUAAUAAGCAUCUCUCGAUGUCCUUAUAUUAAUAAUGAAGUGUUUGUAUAGCUGAUUGAGACUAACUAUCAAAAGCUGCAUUUGAGUUGCUGAUUAACAUUUUCCGUUAUUUAUUCGACUGUUCAGUGCAUCGAAGAUUAUUACAGCGAAAGUCCUGAGAAUUUGCAGACUUGUUUUUUUUUUUUUUUUUUUAUAUGUGCUCUAGCCACUCUGGAUUCAUCACUGGCUGUAUUGUUGAGUGAAAUGUCGCGCUCAUGAUUGUAUGUCAAAGACUCCUGUGCAACGCAAGUCCCUGCUAGCCAACUGUGAUCAAACAUCGUCAAUAUCUACAGGUACAGAUGCUGUUACACUGUGUUCACAUGAUGAAUAAAGCAGCGUGUUGAGUGUUAAGAGCUUUGAUGAUUCAGUGUUCAUAGAGGCCGUCAUGCUAAAGCCGUCCAAAGACUACAUUGUCACAUGUACAAUUGAUUGGUUACAAAAGUUCCCAUGUUUAUUCUUUCCAUAUAUUUUCACUUUUUGUAAUACUGUCUUCAGGCCUUUGUACAGUGAAAGUGUAACGUUUGGCAUGGUACUGAAAGUACAGCUCUUGGGAAAAAGACAACGAGCUAUAGGGUUACUGAUUUUAAAAUUGUCUUCAUAUUUAAAGUGGACACUCCAUUGACUUUCUGACCAUAAAGGCAUGAACAGAAGUGUUUUUGUAUUGGUUCUGCUAGUGAUCUGAUCUGUAUGCGUUCUAGGAUGAGUGUCCUGAAGCGUAUAUUUGAUUAAACUUGUGUUUCUCUGUAUGUACAUCCUGAUUCUUUUAGGAUACCUUUCUAGUCAUGUGCAUGUUUUACAUACUCAGACGAUGGCUUACAUUAAACGUUCAAUAAUUCUUGA